AUGCUAAUACUACUUACAUCACUAAUUUCAAUUAUCAAAUGUGGAUCAAUCCUAAGACCAACAGGAGUUACACCAAUUUGGAAUUCUGUAGCCAAUGCCGAUGUUUAGGCCUAAUACAUUUUUAGUUAUGUUUUGGAAACAUAUUUGGCAUCCUAUUCCCAAAUAGAAGUUUAGUUUCCUUUACAAUAUUUAUCUGGAUUGGGAACCACAUAAAGUGAGCUAGUGUGCAUACCGAGUUGCGUAGUUUCAGGGAGAUCAGUUAUCUUCACAUACUCAGAGGAGAUGAAGAAUGGGACUAGUAAGAAAGUGGCAUGCUAAUAGUCUACACGGCAUCGGUGUAACCAAUAAGGAAUCCAGCCACAUAAGGUGGGACAGCUAAUUUCAUUUUACGUAGUAAGAGAGGAGAUAAUGUGAUUGAUGAGAAUUUGAUUUUUGGUAUCAUAGGUAUUGCAGAUGCCAUUAAUACAAUGGUGUUUGGUGAAGUUGUUGUAAAUCCAACUGGUUCCUUUUAUGCAGGAGUAACAAUUUAAUAUAUAAUAUUAAGGAUUAUACUUAAUACAUUUUGAAAUUCAAGACAACAACUACUAUCAUCUAUAAUUCCUAUAUGUUAUUUACAGUUCCCACUGAUUUUGAAUUGGAACCAUUUCCAGUUUGUAGUGCUUAUCCAAUCAAUGGAAUACAAUUAGAUGGCACUUUGUUUUGUUCAUAAGUAAAUCAAACUAAUGUAGUCAAAAUAGAAGGGAUCACUGGAUAAGUUAUAGGAUUAUAAGAUUAUGCACUUAAAAUUUCUAUGAGAAAUCCUAAAUAUGCUGGAACAACAAAAACAUUCAAUUUAGGAAUCUAUAAAGCAAAUACUCAGAUGAUGUUUGAAGAAGUCAAAGGAAUCAGUGGAGUUACUAUAUAGGCUGCUUAAUUAUAAAAUGUGUCUAUGACUUAAGUUUAGAAUUUUAUCAAUUCCAGAUCUAGAAUAAUGGAUUAUGAAGUAAGGUUUACUCCUACAUUUCCUAUUCCUGCAGGAUGCAAUAUCAAAUUGAUUUUCCCUGUUUAUAUGUAAAUUGUAUAACCUGGAGAUUAUAAUUAAGCAGGACAAUUUCAAAUGAAUUAUGUCAAAUAUGGAUUAGAAGAUAUUAGUGAAGAUAGUCCUAUAGGUUUCUUUUAUUAGGAUUCUAUUCAAAAUUAUUUAAGAAUUACUAAUUUUUAAGAGAUGACAAUGAAUAAUGAAAUUUGCGUUGUUGUUAGAGUUAUCAAUCCAAGUGUAGAAGGUUAUACAACUCCACUCAAACUUUAUGUAUUUUAAGAUAUCACAGAGUAUCAAUUAUUAUAAUCAGAUGUUUUGUAUGCAAUAGCAGAUGUGGCAACAGUUAGUGCAGGUAAUUAAAAUGUUCCAACUACGAAUACAAAUAAUUGGUUUUUAAAACCUAGAACUGGGUUCUUUCCAAAUUAUUAAGAUUAUUCAAUAACAAAUAAUUAUGCAAAUGGAGCACUAGCAACAUUAACAUUGAACAUAGAUCCAUCUGCUACUGUUCCUAAAUUUGCUUUCGUUUAUAUUACUGUUCCAAAUGAAUUUAAAGUAAAUAAUGAUACAAUAACUGGAGUUAAUGCUGCUAAUUGUAAAUUUUAUUUAUAAUAAAAUUCCCCAACAUUAAAUGGUUUUGUUUCACCUACUAAUUCUUUAUCAUGUACAGCUACUGAUUAGGUUAUUAAGGCUAAGUUACCCUUUGCAUUUGAUGUCAUAUAAUAUCCUUCUUAAGCAUUACCAGCUGCACCUUUAAGAAACUAAUGGUAAAUUCAAUUAACUAAUGCAUUCUAUACUCCAUCAUUAAAUGGAACAUACUUUUUUGAUGUUACUAUUAAAGAUACAGAUGAUCUUACUGUGUUAGAUUCCUUUUCAUAUCCAGUUUAAAUAAAUGCAAAUUUAUUAACAGGUAGUAUAGUAAAUUCAAUUCCAAAAAACUCAAAAGAGAAAGCAAUUGUGGAUAUAUAAUUUAUAACAGUUCUUUAAAUACCAUCAGGAUAGAAAUAGAAUAGAGCUUCAGAUACCAGAGGGUUUCUUGAAUUUCACUUUAGUAAUGCUUGGGCUUAAGAUUUAGGUUCAGGAGUAAGUAAUGGUGGAUCAAUCCCUUGUUAUGGUGUUAAUGCUUUAAUACCAUACGAGGGUAGUGAAUUAAAAUGUAUUUUAUUUCAUUCAACUGCUACAUCAAAAACAAUAGUAAGAGUGUCAAAUUUUAGAUAUAUAUCUACUAAUACUAAUGUUAGAAUAAUGAUUUCAGGUGUAACUAAUCCCACUGCAGCCAGUUAUGAUAUAGAUAUCAAAGUAUUCUAGAAGAAGAAUAGAAUAUUUACUUUAUUAAAUUAAUAAUUAACAGUUACCAGUACUUUAAAUGCAGCACCUGCAACUAUUACUUGUACAACAGCUCCUUCAUAUUCAGAAAAUAGAGUUGGAUAUUUAUUUGAUAUAAGUAUAUCACCUUGUUUGACUACUGCCAUUAGUGCUAACUUUUAUAUUUUGAUCUAAUUACCAAAAUAUGAUAUUGGAUUCAUUAGAGAUUAAAAUACUAUAACAUGUUCACUCACUUCAUAAUUAUAUUGUAUUCCUUUAUUAGGAUCUGACUUUAUUUUGAUAGUUACUUCUGCUUCUGUUCCACUUUCUCCAACUCCAGUAUUCAAAAUAAGCAAUUUAUAAUGGCCAAGAUAUGUGGAGGACUUUUCAACUUAUACAUUGAAUUUUCUAAUAAUUAAUAAUGUUGGUUUAGGAGUAGUUUAAAAAUAUCAAUUUAACACUCUUACAAAUUGUGUACCUUCAUAAUUUUCAGCAAUACAAUCUCUUGUAUCAAAUAAAGGAAAAGGAUUUGUAGAUGCUACUUAUUCUUUUACAUUUACACCUUAAGCUGACAUUCCUGAAGGAUCAACAAUUAUUGUGGAAUUUCCACCUUUUUAUGAUUUUCUUAAUGGUAUACAUUUACCUACCUUUUAAUAGAGUGGUCUUCUUGACUUAAGUGAUACAAAUAAAGUAUCAAUAUAAAUAAAUUUAAAAUUGAUAAAAAUCACUGGAUUUAAAUAAUUCAACAAAUCAAAUUAAUUUCAAGUUAUAGCUGUGUCUGUGAAGAAUUCUCAAUCAUAUAAUACAGCAUCAGGAUUUCAUGUAUAUGUGUUAUUUAAUGGUAAAUAUGUAUUGUAAUAAUUGAACUUUUACAGUUUUGAUUUUACAACUCCAUUUAAGGCAGGGAAAAUUGUAAUUAAUUAAAUUACUGCUUCAAUUUUAAAUGCAGAUGAAGAAGUAGAUUAUCUAAUAUAAUUCACUCCUUAAAAUGAUAUACCUAUAGGUGGUUAGAUAAAAGUAAUGUUUCCGGAUGAAAAUUAUAAAAAACUACCUUCCAUUCCAGAUUGUCGUGUUAGUGGAGGUAUUAAUACAUUUUAAUCUUGCAUUCUAAAUGGCAAAACUUUUAUAAUUGAAACUAAUAGUAGAUAUAAAGCAGGUAAUGGAGUCAUUGAUCUUGUCAUCAAAGGUGUCUAAAAUCCAGAUUAAGGAACAACUUAAGGAUUUGUUAUAUCAACAGAAUAUGAUGGAGUAAAAUUAGAUGGUACAGAUGAAUCAAAUUUAAAUGGAAGAACAUUUACAGCAGCUUCAAAAACUAAUCCAAUAAUUCUUAAUUCACUUGUAUUUGAUCCAAAAAAUGAAGGAGAAGAAGCCUCUUAUCGUUUUAUAUUCCUUCCUUAUUCAUAAUUAUCUAUUAGUACUUAAAUUGAAUUCAAAUUCCCAAACCAAUUUGAUCCCUUACUUGGUAGAGAUAUUUAAUGUAUUGUUAAUUCUGGUUUAUCAGGAGGUAGUUAUACAUGUAGUGUGGAUUCUAGAAUUGUUACACUCAAAGGUUAUGAUGCAUACACUCCUGAAAUUUCAAAUCCUAUUGAUAUCACUAUCUUUGGUAUUGUGAAUCCUAAUUCUAAUGGAGGAUCAACUACUGACUUCCUUAAACUCUAUAUUAGAUAAUAAGGUAGCAAUAUUUAUGAUCAAUCAAAUAAAGAAAUAGCUUAAUUGUCAUUUCUUGCUGCACCAGGUUGGUCUCCUUUAAUUUCCAUAGAUGUUUCUACUUAUAAUGUGAGAUGGAAUUCAACUUAUAAUUUUACCUUUUAAACAUAUAAAAAUAUACCAAAAGUAUAGUCAAAAGGAUCUGUAUUAAUAGAUUACCCAUCUUAAUUUGAAAUUAUUGAUGGUUCUAUUACAUGUUCAAGUACAACUUUAUUUGCUGCCACAUUAAAAUGCUCUUCAUAUCGUAAUAGAAUUACUUCUUCUGGUAAUUAUGAGGAUUAUGUUGGUCGAAUGUAUAUUUAAUUAAAAAAAGUCUUAAAUCCUAUAGAGAAAGGAGAGAGUGACUUUUUCUACAUUAGAACUUAUGAUGGUCUUAAUUUAAGAAUUAUUGAAAGAAACUUUGCAAAUUUAGAUCCAUUUAAAUUUUCAUAUGAAUUUCCUGGUCCACUCAUUAAGGUUAAUAAUGAAAAAACAGUCACUAUAGAAAGAGGAACUUAAGCCAUAAAUAUUCCUAUUACUAUAGAAUUUCCAUGUUUACUUAAUCUUAAAUUAAUACCAUCAGAAAAUGAAUUCAUUGUUAAUCCUUCAUCUAUUCCAUUAACACUUGGAAUGACAUUAUAACAUUUUAAUAUUUCUGUUCCAUAAUCAAUAUAUGAUGGAACCUAUACAAUCUAUUGGACUUUAGAUAAUGAAUUAGACCCUCCUCUAUAUACACCUGUUAAAAGAACAUUAAUUUAAAUAACAAAGAAACAAGGAGUUAAAAUUACUUAAACUCCUAUUCUUUCAAUACCUAUUUAAGGAUAGUCUCUUUUAACUGAAUACAUUUUAGCAGCUCCUCCAGAUACAGAAUUAACAUUUAGUUUAUAUUUACAAAGAACUUAUUUUGCAAUACAGUUAUCAAAAACAGCUAUCACAGUAGCAGCUGGAUAAUAGAAAUUUGGAUUUGCUGUUGAAUAUAAUAAAUCUGUAAAUGUUGAUGGACCUUAAGUAGAGAGAGGAUAUAUCACAAUAUAGACUGAAGGAGUGAAUAAAAAUAUUUAUAAGUUACCAUCUACAAGUGUUGAAUUCUUUAUUAUAUCAUAAGACACAAAACCUCCUAGUUGGGUGACAUGUAAAAUAGAUAAUAUAAAAAAGACAUCAGUAAAUUUAUUAGUUGCUUUGAAUGAACCCUGUGUUGUAUAUUAUUUGAUUGCAUUAAAAGGAACAGUAUUUCCUAGUUUAGGUGAUUUUUAAAAUUAAAUUAUACGUUAUUCAAGUACUCAAAGUUAAAUGGGUUAUUUAAUUGCUUAUACUGCAGAUCUAUAAUAUCAAAUUCCUUUAUCUAAGUUAAUUGCUGAAACUGAAUAUGUUAUACACAUUUUAGCUUUAGAUAGAGGUAACAAUUAGGCAGAAAAAAGAAGUAUUGAAUUUAAGACUCUUGAUAGACCAGUAAGUUGUUACUUUACUUUAAUAUUUAAUUAAAGAACAGUGAGUGAUGAUUUUAUUAGAAAUGUAACUGAAUCUGUGGCUAAAAUACUUGGAAUAGACUAAUAUUAUAUUCAAUUAUAGUAAUAUUAUUUUAAUAGAUUACUCUAAAACUCUUUUGGUAUUACUGUUGAUGAGAUAAAAUCAUAUAUUGAUUUAGAAUUAGCAGCUAUUCCUGAUAGUGAUAGUUUUCCAGAUCCUUACGAUGUUGUAGCAGGGUUGUAAAAUAAAACUUAAUUACUUACUUCAAGAAUUGAAACAUUGAAUUUGAGUAAGGAAGUUACAGCUUAAAAAUUUACUCGAUAUGUUCCAAGAUUCAUAAAAUAACCAAAAUUAGUUUAUAUUGAUUAUUAACAAUGUGCCAUUUAAUUAGCCAUAAGUAAUUAUGGAUGGGGUUUUGCUGUUGCAGUUGUUUUUGAAUCUUAAGAUUAGACUUGGCCAUCACCUUAUUAAAUAAUGAAAGGACUUGAUUAUUAGAAUAGGCCAACACCUAAUGGAUAGAUAGAGAUUUCAGAUCCAUAUUAAGAUUUCAUUUUGAGAAUACAUGGAUUGGAAAGUGAAACAGAUUAUUAUAUUUAUGUAAUUGGAGGUUCAGUUCGUAAAUGAUUUUUAUUUAUAUUAAUAGAUUUCCGAGCACCUGAUUUGAUGGAUAAAUCUGAGAUUUAUUAAGAUAGAAUAAUCUCAUUUAGAUCUCCUUAGAAGCCUAAAUUAAAUAUCAAUUUUGGAGAUUUGAUUAUGAUGAGCAUAUUGAUUUUUUGGUUAUGA